UCAGUGCUGUAUGUUACUCUCCCUCCUCCGUGGCAGUUUUAGCUGCCUGUCACGGGCGCUCCACCCUAAAGCUAAGAAUGUUCCCAGAACUCAAUAACCUUCUCAACACCACCCCUGACAGGGUGGAGCAGGACAGAAUUAACAUCAGAAUUAGAAAUAGGGAGGAAGCUGAAUCAGAUGACUUUUUUGAAGAUCCCUUCCAAUCUUGGCAGGCUGUGAUUUUUGUUGGAUUCUGAUGGGAAAACUGACUCUACUCUGUGACGCCAAGACAGAUGGCAGUUUCCUCGUGCACCACUUUCUCUCCUUCUACCUCAAAGCGAAUUGUAAAGUCUGUUUUGUGGCACUCAUCCAGUCCUUCACUCACUACAAUAUCGUGGGACAGAAGCUGGGUGUUAGCCUAACCACGGCACGGGAACGCGGGCAGCUCAUGUUCCUCGAGGGUCUCAAGUCCUCGGUGGACGUCUUCUUCCGGGCGGAGGAGAAACCACACCCCCUGCAGUUCCUCAGAGAGGCCAACGCUGGGAACCUGCAGCCACUGUAUGAGUUUGUGCGGGAGGCCCUACAGCCCGUGGACCAGGGGGAGACCGCCUGGAGGUGUCCGGUGCUACUUGUGGACAACCUCAGUGUGCUGCUGAGCCUGGGCGUGGGGGCGGUGGCCGUGCUGGACUUCAUCCACUACUGCAGAGCCGCUGUGUGCUGCGAACUACAGGGAAACAUGGUAGUCCUUGCGCACGACAGUGGAGAUGCUGAGGACGAGGAGAAUGACAUCCUGUUGAAUGGCCUUAGUCACCAGAGCCACCUGAUCCUGCGGGCCGAGGGCCUGGCAACUGGGUUCUGCAGGGACGUGCAUGGGCAGCUAAGGGUCCUGUGGAGGAGACCACCGCAGCCCACAGCACAGCGGGAUCGGAGCCUCACUUACCAGUACAAGAUACAGGACAAGAGCGUAUCUUUUUUCGCCAAGGGACUGUCUCCUGCUGUGCUGUGACCUGGCUCAAGUGCCGCCGGAGCUCCCUUGGAUUGUUUCCGGACGUGGAAGAGAAAACAACCAAGCAGGAAUGGAUCUUGACACCUUUGUAGUGGUCUUUCAGGCUGGACUGGCGGCUCCACUUGGGCCCAGGGGUGGUCAAGUGCUGUGACAGUGUGCCUUUGUCCCCCUGGGCUUUGCUCAGAAGACAGGAGGAAUCUGCAACCCUGCCUCUGCCGAGAGGGACGCCGUGUAUUGAACCCUCCUGAAGGGUCCUUUGGAGGCUUCCAUGUAAACAUGCUUCAGCCCAACUGCCCAUUUUUGGUGGUUGUGCCAUUCAUAGCCAGAGUGGGUGUGUUUGUGCCAGGAGACAGUCCUGGAUGGCGGGCGUCCAAGGGGACAACUCGGAUAAUCAUGGCUGGCAUAAAGUGAGUUCCCACAGCGUGGCUUCCCAGGGAUUGUCUCGUUUUAUUUUCACCUUUGUCUUGCAAAGGUAUUUUCCUCUAAGUCCAGUGGAGAAACAGGCUGAGAGAGGUCUGGAAGGACACUCAAGGCUGUAGGCAACGGAGGCCUGACUCUAAAGUCCACCCUGGCUGAUGGACCCUCAUGGAAACCUGAGGCGGCUCCCCACCCAGUUCACAGCUUUGGCUGCUCCUGGUUCGGUGUUGCUGAUGAGGCCGAGCCGUCCCGGGUCCGGCACCCUGGCAGUGGUCACAUGAGUCCCCAUGUUGGCCCCAUGCAUGGCCUUGGUGAGAGGGCUAAAGAAUGUUCUUGCUGCCAGACAGGAUGGGCCUUGGUGAGGAGCUGGUGCCUUGCUCACCUGUGAGGACCACAGGAGGUGAGGUCUCGCCCCAGCAGCCUGCAGGUGCCAACUUGCCACAGCACUUAAAGACUCAGCGAUAGUUCAAGGCCUCUGGGGGUGGGCACAUCACUUUUGAUGCUACCUGUGUGUGACCUCAGGCAAGUCGUUAAAGCUCUGGGUGCUUCUGUUUUCGCAGCCUUAGAAUCGGGUUUAUCUGACCUGCCUGUGAAGGCCAUCACGAGGAUUGUAUGAGGUAAUAUAUGUAAAGUCCAUCUCUGGUAAGGGGCCAACAGUCAGUAGUGCCUCAGUGUGAAUAAGUGCUGCUCUGAGCUCUGUACUAACCUUUGUCACAUUGCCUGUCGGGUUUUGUUUAACGGCGUGCACUGAGACGACCUCUCUAGUUUAAGGAAUGAACUUCGUCUAUCUCUGGUCUCUGCCGCGGGGUAGAAACUCAGAAGGUAAUAAAGGGAUUGAGUGAAUAUCAACACAACUUGGAGAUUUUAAAUAUUUUUAGUGACUGUAGCAUGGUUAUUAGAAUGGCUGCUGUUUAUUGGAAUCCAGGCUUUGUACAUAUGUUCACACGGAUUUCAUUUUUUUUCAAAAACCACAGAGGUCGGUGUCCUUGGUGCAUCUUGGAACCUGACUCCUAAGUCGAGGUUCCCUGAAGUUAAAUUCAGUUCAUUUUCCUGGCCACAGAGCAGGAGCUGCUGCAGCAUGUCAGAACCAGGACUCAAAUCCGAGGAGUCCGGCCUGGUAGCAGCCCUUUCAAUUUUAUCACGUUGCCAACUUUAUCACUAAUGCUUAAUUCACGGUGAGCGUGAUCAUUAGUGCAGGCAAUUGCAAAGACGGGCCCUUGUCGUUAUGAAACACCCUUCUGUGCAUCCACGACGGGCUGAGGCAGCUGGGUAGUGGGCUGGAACCCAGAGUCCUGCAUCCCAGACUAUGGCUACUCAGUUAUUAGAGUGACCUUGGGCAAGUCUCUUCCCCUCUCGAGAAAGGUUUCCUCAUUUGCGAAAUAGACCCAGCCCCUAUUUUCAAGAUUUUCAUGAGGAUUGACCAGUGUGGAAUCUUGACCAUAGGAAUUAUCACUGCUUGAUGACUUCUAAGCGCCAUUUAGUUUUCUAAAAUUUUGAAUUUAUUAUUCCCACAGGAAGCAACCUAAAGUAAGGUUGAGCUUUGCUAAUGACAAGGAGAAAAUUCUGAGAUGCUAUAAAUUAAAUUACAGCAGGCUAUAAAUUAAAUUACAGCAGGCUAAAUUAAAUUACAGCUUCUACCCAGAAGGAAGGGACGAGAGGUUUAUCAGUUAACAACUGGAGGGCAAAACCAACAAAAGUUUGCUUACAUUCCUGAACAUAUGUUGAAACUGAAUUAACUUGCAGGUGGCUAUAUCCGCAUUUAUAUAAAGAGAAUUGCCGGGGGCCUCUGCUUCUUGCUUACCUGUGAACUUUCCAGUCUGUUUCCAGGUUGCCCACAACCAAUCCUAAACACACUUCUUCCUUAUGACUCUGUACCCAUCCCAGAACGAGCCCGCCUCAGUUCUCUCGCUUUACCUGUAGCCAAUGUAAAUUCUUUCAAAACAACUUACAUCCUUCUUUCCCAAGCUGUUUGCAUAAAAGAGCCCACCAAUCCCAGGACGGCAGACAUGCUGCCUUCCUCAUGAGCUGCUGCUGCUGGUGGUAGUUCAGACGACAUGCCCCAGGACUUGGUCGUUUUCUGGUGAGCAUUUGGCUCAAUAAACCCUUUCAGAAAAACUUCCAGCCGUGAAUGCUUUUGGUUUAACACUGGUUAGGGCUAAAUAGAGCUUUUCCACCUGAAUUAUAUUUAAAAACUAAGAUCAGGUAUCUGCAACUUACCUGGGAAUGCAUAACAAAUAAGUAUUGAUAAGUGGUUAAAGGGAUAGAUUUUUUUUAAAGAUAGAUAAUGAUAUACUAAGUAAAACAUUAACAGUUGUAGCAUCUAGGGCUUAUAGUUGUCAACUGUAUGGUUCUUUCACCUUUUCCCUGUGUUUUGAUAAUAUAAUGUUGGGUGAGAAACCCUAAAAUCAUGGCCACUUCAUUCUACUCGUGGGGGGCAUUCUGGAGCAGAUUCACCAGGAGCCCAUGAAUCUCAGCUCCCCCCGCCCCCAGCCUUGGUAGAUUCUCCUCUUACUCAUGGCCAUGCUGGAAGGUACAGAGGCACUUAGCUAAGUGUCAGUUUUGGAGGCUCUUGGUUUUGGAGGAAAGUGUCCAGACCUUGCUGAGGAUCAGUCCCCUGCAAACAGGUUUGGUGGAGUGGUUGGCUGGGCAGGGGUUGGUGAGUAAGGGGGAGUGACAACAGUUCCCAAAAGACAGUCUGGCUAAGUCCCUGCCGUGGAGGCUGAGAAAGACAGGUUCCCAGCCCUCUGGAGAGAAGACCCGUUCACCAGGCCUAGGGUAGGGCUCGGGAAGGCUGAUUGAACUAAAUAUUCCCCAGGUGAUUGUGUUGUGAGGCACAUUUGCAAACACAUUUUUGUAGGAACUUGACAGUGAAAGGAAGGUCUUGGGGCUUGGUCAUGCAGGUUCACUCAGAAAACUGAAAAAAACUGGGUAGGCUUUAUAUUUGCCAAAAGGAACGAGGCAGUGGUGAGAGGGAGGAACUGGUGGCAGAAAAGUGAAUGCCUUUUGCUCAAAGUUUCUGAGGGGCUAGAUGCCGGCAUUUCAAGCCUCUUCAGGCUGGGAGAGAGUGGUGUGAGACGGGUAAGGGGUGUAGGUAAGGCCCCCCACCCCCGCUCUCUACUGUUGCCGCUCCCUAAUUUAAAAGUAACACACAAAAAGAAUUCUUCCUUUAUAGGAAAAAAAUCAUAAAGCCAACCCUGAAUACAGGACAUAAUCUUAAAGGUCACUUUGGGCCAAGGCCAGUUGUCCCCAUUGUUUAAUUUAACCGUGACAACAAUGUGUGGGCAGAGAGGGAGGCAAGACUUUGGUGGCCUUGGAGAGGUGGUCCAGAGUCCAGUGGGAACAGGGUCGAGGGAGGCUGUGUGACUAAACGCCUAAGAGGGACAAGGCAGCUGGAGCUGCCAGAGGGCUCCUGGUCUCCUCCUGCGUUGUGGUUGUAUUUGACUUAAUGCAACCCCAGCACUGCCACCCUUGAGAGCAGGAAGAGUCGUACACGGUCAGCUAUCCAGGUAGCCCCUGGGGUGGGUGCCCAGGGCAGCAGGGUGGCCGUGGGGCUGGCCUC